UUCUGUCAACGUUUUUGUUGAUUCGACGGCUGGCUCCCGGAAGGAGAAGCCCUUCUGUCGUGCUGGUUUAGGUCGUUUGCGUUACAUGUUAGACUCGUUUUCUGUUUUUGCGCAACAGCAUGAAGUUGUGCGACAGGAUCGUCCACUGCUGGUGCUUGUUGCGUCCCGAACAAACGCUCAGGAAAUAAAAAGGGAAAACAGCAGCAUGCGUUUCGCCUCGCCGGAGCACAAAGCUGUAAGGAGGGGUUGACGGCGGCGGUUGGUUCCGAUGGAAAACUCCGCGUUUUGUGUUCGACUCUCCCUGAAACAGCGAUACUUUUCCCUGCUUUGCAUCGCCGCCCUGGUAAUAAUAGUUUAUCAUCUGAGAAGGAACCAGCCCGAAGUAAAAAUGCAUCAAGUCAUUGAAGGACUGAAGGCCGACUCGUCUAACUUCACCUUGGAGAGAAAACCCUUCCUCAUCCUUGGAGGCUCCAUCCAUUACUUCCGCGUCCCCAAAGCCUACUGGGAGGACCGCCUGCUGAAGCUGAAGGCCUGUGGCCUCAACACUCUCACAACUUACGUGCCAUGGAACCUGCACGAGCCGGAGCGAGGGGUGUUUGACUUCGAGGGGGAGCUCGACUUAGAAGCCUACCUUGGCCUUGCAGCCAGCUUGGGUAUUUGGGUGAUUCUGCGUCCAGGACCGUACAUCUGUGCUGAAUGGGAUUUAGGUGGACUCCCCAGUUGGCUUCUGCGAGACCAGAACAUGAGGUUGAGAACAACCUACCCAGGAUUCACAGCUGCAGUCGACUCCUACUUUGAUCACCUCAUUAAGAAAGUGGCUCCAUAUCAGUACUCCCGGGGUGGCCCGAUCAUAGCAGUUCAAGUGGAGAAUGAGUAUGGUUCCUAUGCGAUGGAUGAAGAAUACAUGCCUUUUAUCAAGGAGGCGUUAUUGUCCAGGGGCAUCACAGAGCUGCUGGUGACCUCCGAUAACAAGGAUGGACUAAAGCUUGGAGGAGUGAAAGGAGCUCUGGAAACAAUCAAUUUUCAGAAACUGGACCCAGAGGAAAUCAAGUAUCUUGAAAAAAUUCAACCUCAGAAACCAAAGAUGGUGAUGGAGUACUGGUCUGGCUGGUUUGACCUAUGGGGUGGUCUUCAUCAUGUAUUUCCUGCUGAGGAGAUGAUGGCUGUAGUCACGGAAAUUCUAAAGCUGGACAUGUCCAUCAACCUCUACAUGUUCCAUGGAGGGACCAAUUUUGGCUUCAUGAGUGGUGCAUUUGCAGUGGGAAGGCCAUCACCCGCACCCAUGGUAACAAGCUAUGAUUACGACGCUCCAUUAUCCGAGGCGGGGGAUUACACCACCAAGUAUCAUCUUCUGAGGAAUUUAUUCAGCCACCACCACCGCGUACCUCUACCUAAACCACCCGAGGCCACAGAGAGGAGCCCGUACCGCCCGGUAAUCGUCCGGCAGCACCUGUCCCUGUGGAGCUGUCUGGACUUCACUGAGCAGCCUUUCAAGUCAGAGAAGCCGGUGAACAUGGAGAACCUCCCAGUCAACAAUAACAACGGUCAAGCAUAUGGCUACACGCUCUACGAGACCAUCAUCAGCAGUGGAGGAAGCCUCAAAUCCCUGAACAACAUCAGAGACCGAGCACUGGUUUUUGUGGAAAAACAGUUUGUUGGUGUUCUGGACUAUAAGGAGCAAGAGCUUUCAAUACCUGAUGGAAAGGGAAAGCGAACUUUAGGUCUACUUGUGGAGAACUGUGGACGUGUGAAUUAUGGGAAGACACUGGAUGAACAGCGCAAAGGCCUUGUUGGAGAUAUCCAGUUAAAUGCAAACAUCCUUCGAGACUUCAUGAUUCACAGUUUGGAUAUGAAGCCAGACUUUGUAAGCAGGCUACAAAGCUCAGCUCAGUGGAAGUCUAUGCGAGAGAAACCCUCCUUCCCUGCCUUUUUUCAAACCAAACUCUAUCUGAGCAGCUCUCCUAAAGACACCUUCCUCAAACUCCCUGGCUGGAGCAAAGGUGUGGUUUUUGUCAACGGGAAGAAUUUAGGACGCUACUGGUCUGUUGGCCCGCAGCAAACGCUCUACGUCCCAGGUGCCUGGCUCAACAGAUGGGACAAUGAGAUCAUCGUGUUCGAAGAGCUGGAAACCGAUGGAAAAGUCCAGUUCAGCAGCAGCCCUGACUAUGGCAUGACGGUUGAUGUCCAAUGACAGGAGGAACAGGAAGACAUCACCCAGAAGGAGAAAAGCCCUGGAGGCUGUUGAGAACUGUGUUUACACUGGAUCAGGUUCUCCGCCCGGGUCUGCAGAACCCACAAGAGAUGUGGCUCUUUUUUUUUCUUUUUUCCACUGUGAUUCAAUAUUUGACCUUUUAAAUAAACACAUUUUUAUAAAGCUCAUUGCGAAUGUUUCUUGCCGUGUAAAUAAAUUUAAUUUAAUUGAAAUGUAAUUUUUUUUUUCUACUAAUUAUGUAAAAAGUUGAAGCUGUGAGAAAAUGUUUAAAUAAAUUUUGAUUUGACCCCGGUGUGUAACCUUUUUGUGCUUUUUUUUUAUCACUGCCAGCCAUCUCCUAAUGACACAAUGUGAGUUAAUAUGCAAAAAAUAAAACAAUUUCCACAAUUAAGUGGAAAUAAUAUAUAUAUAUGAAAUUUCUAUAAAUUAAAAGUUACCAAAAAGUUAAAUUUUUUUUAUAACAUUUAGUAAUGUGUUGCAGAAAGAUGUACAAUUAUCUUUAUAGUAUUGGUGCAAUAAAAUAUCUUCUAUAAAGUAA